CGCCGAACCAAAUUGAUAUUCCGGUUUAUCUCUAAGACCGGUUGGUAUAUAGAAUCUCAAUUUCCUCUCGUCUUCUACAACUUAUGCCAAAAAACGACGACGUUUUAGAUAUAGAUGACACACCAUUGAACUUUGAUCCUUUGAAUCUUCAUCUUCUCUCUUUUCUCAGUCUCUCGUCCUCUGGUAAACCAUGCUCAGAACAACGGCUUCCCCAAUUUUCUCGUCCUUUACAGCUAAACCCAGAACCUCGAGGUUAAUUUUCAAAGCUUUCAACGUCCUUCUCGAAGAUACCCCACCAAGUGCUCGACGAAAUGCGUCAACGAAUCUAACAACCUUACACCAAGGCCCUCCAACCUCAGCCUACGUCCACCUCCCCUUCUGCCGCAAACGCUGCCACUACUGCGACUUCCCCAUCAUUGCUCUAGGCUCCUCCUCUGCUUCAAACACUCUCCACGAGGAAAAAAGACAAGAAGAAGACGACGACCCACGUAUCAGAAACUACGUGAACUUGCUCGUCAGAGAGAUAAACGCGACAAGAACAGGUUUCGACGCGAACCCGAAUCUAAAGACAGUGUUUUUCGGGGGAGGCACGCCUUCUCUCGUCCCUCCGAAGCUUGUCUCUUUGGUCCUCGAAACGCUGAGUUCGAGUUUCGGGCUGUGUCCUGAUGCUGAGAUAUCGAUGGAGAUGGAUCCAGGAACGUUUGGCGGUGAGAAACUAAAGGAGUUGAUGGAUUUGGGAGUGAACAGAGUGUCUUUAGGAGUUCAAGCGUUUCAAGAUGAGCUUUUGAGAGCUUGUGGUAGAGCUCACGGUGUCUCUGAAGUGUACGAGGCGAUAGAGAUUGUUAAGUCAUGUGGAGUUGGGAAUUGGAGUAUGGAUCUUAUAUCUUCUCUGCCUCACCAGACGUUGGAGAUGUGGGAAGAGAGUUUGAGAUUAGCUAUUGAGUCUCAGCCAAGUCAUGUCUCUGUGUAUGAUCUGCAAGUGGAACAAGGCACCAAGUUUGGAAACGUGUACACUCCAGGCCAGUCUCCUCUUCCUUCAGAAACACAAUCAGCAGAGUUUUAUAAAACAGCAUCAUCGAUGCUCCGUGGUGCAGGUUAUGAUCAUUAUGAAGUCAGCAGUUACUCAAAAGACGGGUUCAAGUGCAAACACAACUUGAUAUACUGGAAGAACAAGCCCUUCUAUGCUUUCGGUUUGGGUUCAGCUAGUUACGUUGGAGGGCUGAGGUUUUCAAGGCCAAGGAGGCUUAAGGAAUACACAAACUACGUCGCUGACUUGGAGAAUGGUGCAGCCAACUGGUGUGGAGACGGUAGUGUUGAUCUCAAGGAUGUUGCCACAGAUAUUAUAAUGCUGUCUUUCAGAACAUCUAAAGGGCUCGAACUCAAGGAGUUUGGAGAGGCUUUUGGGAGAAAGGUAGUGAAGUCGAUCUGUAAAGUGUAUGAGCCUUAUGUGGAGAGUGGGCAUAUUGUUUGUUUGGAUGGUAUGAGAAGAGAAGUAGUGAGUGAUGAAUUCAAAAAGUUAGUUGGAAAUGAUGAAGUGAAGAUUGAAGACCAUGUGAGAUACCUUACGUUGAGAGAUCCAGAUGGUUUCCUCCUCUCUAAUGAGUUGAUAUCUUUAGCGUUUGGUGUCAUAUUUCCUUGAGUUGAUAACAUUGAAAGGUUGUUUUGUACAACCCUUAGUAACACAGAUUGUGUGUGAAACUGGAUAUUGUCAUUCAUAGUUUGGAGACACUAUAAUUUACAUAAAUGUUUCCUUUAUAAACUCCAAAAAAAAAAACAGAAGUCGCAUUUUCAUUUCCAUUGCCCCUGACUUGAGAAGCUUCUAUGGUCUGGGAGCUGCUAGACGAGAAUGCAGGUGGUAUAGAGUGAUUGAACCUACAAGCUGGACCAAAUUUGCAGAUACCGUAUCUGCUGUAGUGUGUGCACAUGUUCCGACCCUGAGCAUCAAAGACAAGUAUCGAAAAAAGGGGAUCAAAAUGUAAAUCAGAGAGCUUGUCAUUGAUCACAAAUUUUAGGUGAUUGUUUGCUGAGUUGUAUGUGCACAUGUUCUGUGAUAGGAUACUAGAAGUCAAGCACGUGCUGAGGUGGCAAGUACGAGAUCAGCUAGACGACGUCAACCAAAGGGCAAGAAUCUCGCAUGCAGGAGCCUCACGACUCAUUUAUUUUCUAGUUUUAUUAAUAAGAGAAGUGGUCUUCCUUAACUAUAGGAACCAAUCUUCAUGUCACGUUUCCCAUUUCAUGUUUGUUAGGAGUUGGUGCUCCACUUUCCAUUUCUUUGCUUCAUGUACGCUUUGCUAUUUAUAUGAAUCAAAAACCUAAAAAGAGGUAGUCUUAACUACCCAAAGAAAAGUGUGUGUUCUUAGUUUGCCCUUUGGCAAAUUCUCUUUGAUUUGAAGAGGGACCUUAAUUGGUAUCAAAUCCAUGUUUCUAGAUCAACAUUGAUAUCUCUUGGCAAGGGACCUAUCAAUUGGUAUCAGAGCAUGUUUUGUUUUUGAUCCGGACCACUUUGUGGUAUCAAAAACUUAAUAUUUUUCACCUUCCUUGUUAUCGGCAUUCUUCGUGAAUCAACGAUUAUCAAGAAUCCUCGACGAACGGCCAUUCCUCGGAAUCAACGAUCAUCGAGAUCUAUCCAGCAAUUUUAUUUUCACCAUUUUCUAUUCGGGUUUGUUGAUCAAGUUCAACAUCCUUUCUUUUGUAUGGAUUAAUAUCUAUAAUUCUUCCAUUGUUUUUUAAUUUCAAAAAAAAAAAAAAGGAUUUUAUAUUUCUUUUUCACUCGAAAACAAAAACUCUUUUUAUUCAAAAAAAAAUUAUUGUUAAUAACAAACCAUGGAGACAGCUUGGUCUUGGAAGCCGUAGUGCGUUGAAAAACAUCACAACUAGAAGAAUCAACCGGGGAGGAAGAGAAUCAAUUCAAGUGAAGUUUUCCUCAAUGCACAUGAACCUUGAGGACAAGGUUCUUUUAGACCACCGGGGUAUUGAUAGGAUACUAGAAGUCAAGCACGUGCUGAGGUGGCAAGUACGAGAUCAGCUAGACGACGUCAACCAAAGGGCAAGAAUCUCGCAUGCAGGAGCCUCACGACUCAUUUAUUUUCUAGUUUUAUUAAUAAGAGAAGUGGUCUUCCUUAACUAUAGGAACCAAUCUUCAUGUCACGUUUCCCAUUUCAUGUUUGUUAGGAGUUGGUGCUCCACUUUCCAUUUCUUUGCUUCAUGUACGCUUUGCUAUUUAUA